GUGACAAAUCUUUAAUUAUACUGUAUUAUGUAUAUCUUAAACAUUUGCCCCUACUACCUUUUACUACCUUGUUCCUCUACCACCUCCAGUCAAUUUUCAUUUUAAUACUCUCAGCAGAAGAUACUUGGUGGUAUCCCUUGGAAUUUCCAUUUAUCAGCCCUGGUUUCUUCACAAGAUCAAAGGCCUCUUGAUCAAAGUGAUCUUCUCAAAUUAUCUCGCUGACUUUGACACCAUCAACAAUUUACUUAAAAAGUCCUCCAGUUAUUGCUUAUAUAUGUAUAUAUACAUAUAUAUUGAUAGAGGUAGAGAUGAGCUUACCAUGGUAGUAUUACCACAAAAGGAUGCCAACUACUAUAAAACUACCAAAGAACUACCAAAGAAGAAGCAUGUUGCUACGUGCUCUCAAAACAAACAGAGGCUGGAUGAGUGGACCAACUUUCAGCUCUCCCUCUGCGGAGGUAGCUGAGAUGAACCGCAUCCAUUUUGAGCUGGAAUACACCGAAGGUAUCAGCCAACGCAUGCGUAUCCCCGACACGCUCAAGGUGGGCCCUGAGAACCAAACAGGGUCCCUACAUCUUCAGGACGACCUGCUUGGUUCUCACACAACUAUCAUGCAGGUUCCUGAGAGGAUUGUUGUUGCAGGGGAAGAUGGGGACCUCAGUUUCGCUCAUCCCAGAGACUUGGAUCUAAUCCAGUCCGUUCCGCCGGUUGAUCUUCUAAACAUGAAGGCCCCACCAAGAGUCCUCACUCUCACAGAACAGCCGCUGGACUCACUGGAGACUGAGCCGAGCGGCUCCUCACAAAGCGGCCGCAGCCACGCGGUCCGUUUACACGCCGGCUCUCAGAGAGGACGCGGCGCCAGCGAGAACGCAUCCGGACGCCACACCUCCGACAGGAACAAGAGUGAUGCAAGUGUAACCCCGUCCCCUUCUGCACACCCCGUCCGUGUCUGUCCCCCUCUCUGUUCUCCUGAAGACGCAAAUGGCAACAUGUUCACAACCACGGGCUUCAUGGCUUAUGUCCAGUCAACGACACGGCGAGCGUACCAGCAGGUCCUCGAGGUCCUGGAUGACAACCACAGCAGGUCAAACCUGGACCUGUCUCUGGACGUAAACCCCGAUGAGUCUGGUUUGAUUGAUGCCUCCACACUACGACGGCAGAUAGUGAAGCUGAACAGACGUCUGCAGCUGCUGGAAGAAGAAAACAAAGAACGUACAAAGCGAGAGGUGAUCCUCUACUCAGCCACUGUGGCUUUUUGGCUCCUGAACACAUGGAUGUGGUUCCGUCGCUGAGGUGAAAAAAAAAAUUGAAUAACUGUAAGCCAGUCAUAUCUGGGGUGCUAUCAAGAUUAAAAGGCAACCAUUAUUAAGAUGCAUCAACAAUAUUUUCAAACCACAGUUUUCUAUGUUUCUGUACCAAAUUCUCUUCCACAUCAGGCUGAACUUUAUGGUAAAACUAGAGUGAUUGUUCCCAACUGUUUAUUGCUGUUUAUUUACAUGUUGUACACGUAACUAAAAGAAUAUCCACACAGCUGACUCAACAUUAAAGAUUCACAUACGGAUAUUUACUUAAUUUUAUUUAAGAUCCGACUACUACAAACAGAUGUAAAGGAGGAAUAUGAUUUAAAUUACUCACUAAACUAUUACAACAUUUCCUCCCCUUUCACCUCUUUAGUCACAUGUAUCUCAAAGAAUAAUUUGGUUUAAGUUAUUGUUUUUCUCUUGUUACUUAAACCUGGAAUAGAAACUACAAUCUAACUAAUCCAGCAAGGCAUUAAAUACAGCGAGAGACCAGUUCUUGCUUCUUUUACUUUGAGAUCGAGACAAAAGAUCUCAAUUGGUAUCAAUGUGAUUAAAAAUAUAUGACAUUGAAUAUUCUGAUGCAUUUAGUUCCUUCAGAAUCAAUAGCUCACUGCACACGUCAAUUAAUCCUGUGAUAAAAGAACGAUCAAGUCCAAGCAACAUGACACAUUUACUAUCAAUGAGUUCAAUACAUGUAAUAAUAAUAACAAUAACUGGUUGUUAAGGAAUAUUGUAUGGAAUAUAUUUUUAAUAGUAAAGAAAAUGAAAGCACCUAAUCGUUCUGAUAUGUGCCAAUUCACUAGCCAGUCAAAUGCUAACAACUGCACUUUUACUCCUGAUAAACAGCAGGUGAUACAUGAGUACAUUGAUUGUUCGUUUUGGUUAAAGCAACUUUUCAGGUACUAUAUUUUGUUAUCAGCAGGUGGAAAAAAGUGGUGAAGCGAAAAGAGACUUUUAACUUUUUUAAAACUCAAAACAAGAGAUGAAAACAUAGGACCAAUGCUUAGACCUUUGUUACUUUGGUCAGUGUCAAUGCCAUAGUUUUCUCCUUUGAACAAAGUGUAUCCGUAGCAUUUGUGUACAGUACUUGAACAGGCUGCUUGUUGUUUUAAUUCACCCUUGUGUCCCAUUAUGUACCCAUUAAACGUGAUAUAAGACACCUGGGGAUAUUCCACUGGAGUAGUUAAUGUAUCUGAAUGUUGUUUAUACGGCCUUUUUUUUUUUUUUUGGUUGUGAAGUAGCAUGCACUGUGUGGUUUUGUCAUAGUACAAUGAUAUUUACAUCUGUAAUUAUGCACAGUAUGUUAAUUUAUUUAUUUUUGAUAUUUCAUUUUGUUAUCAUUGAUAUUAUUUAUAAAACACUGUAGAGACAUUAAAAUGGUCCUGCAGUGACUGCUCUUUCUGUGUUCAUUACAAGAUGUUUCUUAAAUCACUUUGUUGUAAUUGAAAAAUAGAUACAUUGGAAUUUUCUGUAAUAAAUAAUGGAUGUCAGUGAUGAAAACGAAAUGUAUACUUUCCCUCCACUAGGUGUCCUCAUACGCUUUGUGGAAAGGUAUGCAGUGUGUAUAUAAAGUCUAAAGGAAGGACAUACGAUUGACCAGUGACCCUAACUUUUUUUCUGCAGCGCAUUUCAUUCGUGAAUUGUACAAUUUCUCCACUGAAUUAAAAAAUAGAAAAAA